AAAAUUAUUGGAGUUGUUCAAUUUCCGGUUAAAAUUACUAAUAGUGUAUAAUUAAAAGGUCAGAUUGUCGUUUUUUCACAAAUCGGAGGAAUCUGGAACUCCGGAAGAAACAAAGGAUAUUUCUUAUUUGCCAAAAUGUCCUGGUUCGGUAAUCUCAUUAAAAGGAUCGGCUCGAGUCCGGCCCCUAAUCAAGUGCUCGAGGUGAGCACGGCGAAAUACGACAACAGUCCCAUCAUCGUCAGAGAGGAGAACAUAGUUUUGUAUGCGAUCCCCAGGGAAAACAGCUACGAGAUCAUCAUGCAAAAACCUAUUUCUGAGUCGACAACGAAUUGUUACAGCUUGUACCGCACUGACGACAGGGCAGUAGCCGAACGACGCUUUUCAAACUUAAUGGGCAAGCUUUUGUUCUUAUGCAAGUGGUCUCUAAAUGAAAGGCGGAGUUCUUUUAUUUUAACGGAGUUCCUUACUUCCGAUACCGGCAGUAUAGAAUCCAUACAGAAAUAUUGCGACAUGAUUGAAGAACAACCGACCUGGAAUUUAUGCCAUUUAAUAGUUUAUUUUUCAAUAAAGGAGGCCUUGCCUCACCCGAUUAUCACAAGUUUGAUCAAUUCUUCAGACUCAAAAACAGGAUUUUCACCAUUGCAACUCGCUGUAAGGGAAGCGAACGUGGCGAUGAUCAAGCUUCUUUUGAACUGUGGAGCAUCAGUCGAGCAUUUGGACCAUGAGGGUAACUCCGUUUUCCACUACGCUGCCAUGGCGAAUAAAGAUAUAGUCAAUCUUCUCGCCGAGACGGGAAAUUCGCCCAGGGUGCUGAGCCUCCGAAACAUAUAUGGCUCGACGGCACUUCAUGUUGCUUGCCGUUCUGAUAAACCGGAUUGCGUUACGGCGCUCAUCUCGAAUGGCUUGGAUGUGAACAUUAGUGCGACUUCUUCAACUGUUUCGACUAGCUCGCCUUAUUACACCGCUGGUAUCAUAGGCGACUUCUCGAAAGAGUUCCCAAAUAAAUUAAAGACAGAGGAGAUGAAAAAUGGCGGCACUCCAAUCCACUGGUCGGCGUCAAAAGAAAUAAUUAUAACUUUACUCGAAAGAAACUGUGAUAUCAACGCACUCAAUUUUGCUAAUCAAACGGCCUUGCAUGUCAUGGUAAUGAGAAAUAGGUUAGACUGCGUUAUAGCGUUGUUAUCCCGAGAGGCCGAAAUAAAUUUGGUAGACGAUGAUGGGAACACUGCUCUUCAUAUGGCUGCAAAAGAGAAGAACAUCCCAAUAAUACAGGCCCUUUUGACCUUUGGCUGUGACUUUAAUUUAAUAAAUAACGCAGGGGAAACAGCGAGGCACAUAGCUGCAGUUGAAGGUAGUGAAGUCAGUUUGAAAAUUGUUUACAUUCUUCAUGCAGUUGGUGCGAAAAGGUGCAGUUCUAUUAUGAACUAUUGUACAUCGCACUGCAAAGCGGACAGUAUUGACAAUGGCAUUCCCCCACCUCCCGCAUCCGGUCCGACUCCUCGAGUAAUCUCAGAUAUCCUGAAAGCGGAAUCAUGCAAUUUGAAACCAGGGAGAGGGGCUCGAGUGCUUAGCCUCGACGGCGGUGGCAUAAGGGGUCUCGUACUCAUUGUCAUACUGCUUCACCUGGAAGAAGUCAUCGGAAGGCCAAUUGUCCACUGUUUUGACUGGAUUGCAGCAACAAGCACAGGUGGAAUCUUAGCGCUUGCUCUCGCAGCAGGUAAAACUUUAAAAGAAGCAUUGUGCAUUUAUUUUCGCAUGAAGGAUGACAUUUUUCAAGGAAGGAAACCUUAUAACAGUGAGCCUUUGGAAUCACUGCUUAAAGACGUUCUCGGCAAUGACACAACAAUGGCUGAUAUCAUGCAUCCCAAGUUGAUGAUUAUGGGCUGCUUAGCGGACAGGAAGCCGGUGGACCUUCAUAUAUUCAGAAACUAUGAGAAUGCGAGUGAAAUUCUCUCAGGUUGGGUGCAGGCGACGCCGACCUGCCCGACUUUCAAACCAAUGAUAUCUUUCAGGAACCAGCUGCUCUGGGAAGCUGCUCGAGCGUCAGGUGCGGCACCUUCUUACUUCAGGUGUCAUGACAGGUUUGUAGACGGAGGCCUAGUCGCAAACAACCCGACAUUAGAUGCUAUAACGGAAUUGCAUGAAUACAACACAGCACUUAAGGCUGUCGGAAGACACGACGAAGUUGUUGACAUCCGCGCCAUUGUAUCUGUCGGAACAGGUUCAAUUCCUUUAGUCAAGAAGCAAAGCAUGGAUAUACAUAGGCCGUCGGGCUUAAUGGACAUGACGAUGGUCAUAUCUAGCGUAUCGACAUUACACGAUGUCCUUGUCGACCAAGCAACGCAGACAGACGGGAGGGUCAUUGACCGCACAAGAGCCGUAUGCUCGAUGAUGAGCCUCCCUUAUUUUCGCUUCUCGCCACAGCUCUCAGAAGACAUCGCCAUGGACGAGAAGGAUGAUGUGAAACUCGUCAACAUGCUCUGGGAGACAAAGGCGUAUAUAUUGUCGCAGUCAGACUUUGUAAAUAAACUAGCGGAGAUAAUUAACAUCUGAA